AGUGGGGGGGCACCCACGGACGGGAGGAGAGAGAGUCGCCCUCCAAUGAGAAAAAAGUUUACUUGUUCUUCCUCCGCACAGUCCCCACAGCUGAGGGCAUUGAUGUGAGCGCAGAGGCUUUUUGUUUUUUACGCGCACUUCUUUCCCCCCCAUCUCUCACACUCACACACGGAGCACAAAUCCACCUUCUCUCACCUUUAGUUUAGCGCGUGCUGUAUUUCUUUUCUUUCAUUUUCCUCUUUUAUGAAUGAUUCUCUCUCGUUGUAAUACUUCUGCUACGAAACUAUCCUCGGAUACCUCGUCCGCACGACCUCACCUCGGCACAUCUUCUCUCCUCAAGUUCAAACGCCACCAGGACUUUCACAGCAGCUUCAGACGCACUUGGGGGAAAUUUCACUCAACGAGGAAAAACUUGAUACUUUGCGCAGCAGAAGCCGAAGCAACCGUCAACAUGAGUCUCAAAGCUGACGCGGAGCCGAAUAACAACGUUUCUAUCGAAGAGGAGGUGCGAACACUGUUCGUCAGUGGCCUACCCGUUGAUAUCAAACCUCGGGAACUUUACCUGCUCUUUAGACCUUUUAAGGGUUAUGAAGGGUCACUGAUUAAGUUAACAUCAAAACAGCCUGUCGGGUUUGUAACCUUUGACAGUCGCUCUGGAGCUGAAGCUGCAAAAAAUGCACUAAAUGGUAUCCGUUUUGACCCCGAAAGUCCCCAGACCCUGCGCUUAGAGUUUGCUAAAGCCAACACGAAGAUGGCAAAGAGUAAGCUGAUGGCCACACCGAACCCCACAAAUAUCCACCCUGCUCUAGGAGCACACUUCAUUGCACGGGACCCAUAUGAUCUGACAGGGGCAGCACUGAUCCCAGCAUCACCAGAUGCCUGGACUCCAUACCCUCUGUAUACCACGGAGCUGACCCCAGGCCUCCCUCACGCAGCCUUCACCUACCCGGCGGCCGCGGCCGCUGCUGCAGCCCUCCACGCCCAGGUGAGGGACCAACCGAUGCGCUGGUACCCUACUCCCUCUGAGACUUCCCAGCCUGGAUGGAAGUCCCGGCAGUUUUGUUAGAUAUUUAGCUUCUGGAAACCACACCUUUGUCCAGCUGAAGUGAGGUUUGCCAAGCUCUUCAUUAACUUAAUCAGGUUUAUUUAAUGGACAAAUGUGCAUUAUUAUAAACAGUAUUUAUAUCUCUUCCCGAUUUGUUUCUGGGAGGAGUAGGAGUUGAAACCAUCUUGCUGUCGACAAUCUGAGCUUAAUCUUGGCAACUACUGCGGUACCAUUAGCACUUAAAAAUAAAAAUUAAAAAAAAUAAAGGGUGGGGGGGAUCCUCAUGCAAAACCUAUUCAAACUCCAUGGAUCAUAAUUGCUGAGGAAAAUUGACGCAUUGAAGUCGCUAUUGUUAAGCUAGUCCUUCCAUGGGUUACCGCUGCUCCUGGGAGGUUUAGAAGCGUUAAGUCAUUGCAUGUUGGUCUUUUUGGCAUGAAUUUAGAACGCAGAUUUCUGUGUAUCCUAAUUUUCUUAGUGUUUGUGUUGCCUCAUGGCCUAGACAGCAAAAUGUUUUGUUUUUUCCUGUAGAACCUUGGUCUUACCUCUGUGAAAGCUAGGCUGUUGUUUAAAUGGCUUAUCUUGCAUGGACCUUGUGAAUGCAUCCCUACGUUCAGCCAAUCCCAGGCCUCAUGAUCAUCAGUGUCUGUCCUUAUUUGAGCGAAGGAAAGUACAAUUUUUUUGUACUUUUUUGCGUAAUGUAUAUUUAUGCAUUUUUGUGCAACUAAAUAAUGAACCUAUAUUAGUUGGAUGUUUAGUCGUCUCUUGUGUUUUGGUGUUAAUUUUUGAUCCUAUAAUCCUGUUGAAGUAGUUUUAAAGAAAAAGUGCAAUUUGUUUAAAGGGGAAGUGGGUAUCUGUCAAACGAAGUAUUGAGUGUGGCUUCUGCCAUUCUGCUAAAAUGAGAUUGCUGUAAACGAUCUUUCAGAAUGUGAAACUGGACUACAAACGUGAAGGGUUGCUUUUUGGGGGGAGGGCCAUUUUGAAAUGGGAAGCAGGAUUAGUGAUGGAGGAAUUUAGUUUGUGGUUUAGAACAUGUUUGUCUUUGUAUCUGCUGUGCAUAAGAUGUUUAAAAUAAUCCCAUCUUAUGAAUAAAAGAAGUGAAUGCA